AUGUUUAAGCCGGAAAGUUUCGGGCUUAGCCCGGAAUUCCGGUUAACUAAGUUCUCUACGCUACGAGGGUGAGGGUCGAAAAUUCCUCAAGAUGUCUUAAACCGACUUCUUGCAGGAGUGUACGGAGUACAAUUAGCUGAUAAGGCAGAGGAGCAGAAGAAUGACCCCACGGAGGGUGUAGGCAUAGGAUUGGAUUCAUCUGUAAUAGCGCUGAAACAUGACCUUUUCUUGGUGCAGUCUGUCGAUUUCUUUUACCCACUCAUCGAUGAUCCUUUCACGCUGGGAAAGAUUGCCCUGGCAAACGUCGUCAGCGAUGUGUUUGCCGUGGGCGCUACACAGAUCGAUCAGAUAAAGCUUAUUGUUUCGGCACCGACCGAGUUUACCGAACAAGAACGUGACGUGGUGGUGCCAAUGGUGAUGAAGGGAUUUCUGGAAGCCGCAAAGGAAUGCAAUGCAUCGGUAAAAAUAGGAAGUAUCACUGAAAAUCCAUGGUGUAUUAUUGGUGGAGCUGCAUCGGCUGUAUGCCACCGCUCUGAAUUGAUAAUGCCGUACAACGCACAAGAAGGAGAUGCGAUCGUACUUACAAAACCAUUAGGCAUUCAGUUGGCCACGAAUGCUUUCAUUUGGUUGAACGAAAAGUCCGAAAAUUGGACGAAAUUGCAGGAGCGGUUUAGCGAGGCUGACAUAGAAGAAACAUAUCGCAUCGCAUUGGAAUCGAUGUCUCGGUUGAACAAAACGGGAGCCGAACUGAUGCGAAAGCAUGACGCACACGCUGCCACGGACAUUACUGGUUUUGGUAUUUACGGUCACGCAGAAAAUUUGGCAUCGUUCCAGAGAGCCGCAGUCGAUUUCCACCUUGACUUGCUUCCCAUCAUCAAGAACGUUCGUGAAAUUGCCGAGGUUCUCAACAGAAGCACAAAGCUGCUUGCCGGAAAGGCAGUGGAAACUAGCGGAGGGUUGUUAAUUUGCUUGCCUAGCUCUAAAGCAAAGGCAUUUUGUGAUGAAUACAAAAGCGUUACAUGUCACGAUGCGUGGAUCGUUGGAUGUGUGAAGAAGGGAAAUCGAUGUGUGCAGAUGAAUCCAGAUUUAACAUACUUAUCGGUAGGGGAGUCUUGAAUUGAAAUGGAUCGCAUCGGUUGAGUGCGAUGAUUCAAGCGUAUGAAACGAAUUUCGUAAAGGCUGCAAAUGCUGGGGAAUUUGUGAAAGUUUUCUUGAAUCAGCGCAGUCGUUGAUGUCGAUUUGUUUUCAUUACAAUAAAAGAACGCGUUAUGAAAU